UUGCGGUAAAGAGGACCUCUGACACGCCGUGACUGCUCUCUUCAAGAAAAUGUCGAUCGGCGCGUGGCGCAAUUCCAGUGACGGGGUGCUGAGCUUGUCUUUGCCAUGGUUUGAGUCCGAUUCCGGUUCGGAUUCGUCUCCGGCGGGGUUUGUUGGGUCUUGCGGGUCUCGGUGGCAGCCAUCGUUGCCGAGUUUGGGUUUGAUUUACACCACCACCGACACCGGCGAGGAUGGGCCGGAUGGCGGCACUAGACCAGUUUUUGUCGAAUUGCUCUGAAGCUACAGGAUGGAUACAAGAUGAUAUAUCUGAUGAGGGGAAUUCCGAGUGUAGUAUCAAGAAUUCGGAAGAGGAGAGAGAGAUUGUCAUGGAUGAAAUUAGCAAUCAUCGAAUGGUUGGAAGAUCACAGGAAGAAGCUGAGGCCGGUGACACGGUGGAUAUGAAGAAGAAAGUGAAGAGGGGCUGGCUUAAGAAAUUAAAUGUCCUAUCACGUAUUACCAAUAGGCAAGGGGAAGAAAAUUUGAAGCCGAGUGAUUUCAACUUGGAGUUGGGGACUAGAGUUCGAAGAGUUCUGGUUCAUCUACAUGGGAAGAGGUCAAAAGAAUUGUCCUCCCUUUAUGCAGGACGAGAAUUUUCAGCACACAAGGGCUCAAUCUUGACAAUGAAAUUCAGUCCCGAUGGCCAGUACCUGGCAAGUGCCGGUGAAGACAGUGUCGUUCGUGUCUGGAAGGUGAUGGAGUAUGAGAGACCAAAUCAAUUUGACAUUCAAGAUACUGAUCCUUCAUGUUUGUACUUCUCAAUGGAUCAUUUAUCCAAAUUUGCCCAUCUUGACGUGGAUAAAAACAAAAUUGGUAGGAUGAAGAGGUUGAGGAAAUCAACGGAGUCAGCUUGUGUAAUUUUCCCACCAAAAGUCUUUCGGAUUUUGGAGAAACCUUUACAUGAAUUCCAUGGACACAGUGGUGAGGUCUUGGCUCUCUCAUGGUCCAGGAAAGGGAGAAACCUCCAAGCCCUCGUCGUCGCCGCCGGCACCAAAGGUGACUGAUGUCCUCAUUUGGAUGACUUCUUCGUCGGAGAGAUGAUGAAAUUACGGAUUUUAUUUGUGGUAUAAUUGUAAGGGUAUAAUUAUCUUUUAACUAAUUUAAUAUUUUAAAAUAAAUAUUAUUUAAAAAAUAAGGACAAAUUUGUCUUCUCCCAUACUUUUAAGGGAGCCUAUGUUUUAGACUCAUAUUUAGGACGGAGGGCACUCUAAAUUACCUACCAAUCUAUUUUCUAACACUUGAAAAAAAAAAAAAAAUACACCUUCCCAAUUCCUUCGGGUACCAAACCUUGCCAUCCUCUUUCUCACAGAUAAGCCUCCCGAUAUCAACCCCCCUCUGUCUCGAAAUCGCCAUGUCCAUGCUACUCCGAGCCCUACCCAUUGUAGCCCUCCGUUCCAAACCCCUCUCUCUCACACCCAUCCCUCUGUUAUACCUCAACUUCCACAAACUCCACAAACCCAACUUUUUUCUGAAAAGAAGCACUUCAUCCAUUUCUGCUUCUUCUAUUCAAUCUUCUUCCACAGAAGUUCUAAUACCCAGUUCUGAACAACCACCAAUCCCAUUCAAAGACACCCUUGAAUGGGUCAGUCGAACUGGGCUUUGUGGCGAAUUGUCCGAAAAUGAUGUGGGUAAACGGGUGAGGCUUUGCGGGUGGGUCGCGCUUCACCGGAUUCAUGGGGGCCUAACUUUCCUCAAUCUCAGAGAUAAUACUGGAAUUGUACAGGUCACAACACUUCCUGACGAGUUUCCAGAUGCUCAUACUGUUGUGAAUGACUCAAGACUUGAGUAUGUUAUUGCGGUGGAAGGCGUUGUUCGAUCACGACCAAGUGACUCGGUCAACAAGAAAAUGAAGACUGGCACGAUAGAGGUUUCUGCAGAGCAGGUUCAAGUAUUGAACUCGGUGAGAUCUAAGUUACCAUUCUUGGUUACCACUGCAGAUGAUGCAAACGAUUCUACAAAAGAGGAAAUCCGCUUGAGGUAUCGAUGCCUUGAUUUACGGCGACCACAAAUGAAUUUCAACAUAAUGUUGCGACAUAGAGUGGUGAAACUUAUUCGGAGGUACCUAGAGGAUAUACAUGGAUUUGUGGAGAUUGAGACUCCAAUACUUUCCAGAUCUACUCCAGAAGGUGCCCGGGAUUAUUUGGUGCCCUCAAGGGUUCAGCCAGGAACAUUCUAUGCUUUGCCCCAAAGUCCUCAGCUUUUUAAGCAAAUGCUAAUGGUCUCUGGAUUUGAUAAAUAUUAUCAAAUAGCAAGAUGUUUCCGUGAUGAGGAUCUAAGGGCUGACAGACAACCUGAAUUUACCCAAUUGGAUAUGGAACUGGCUUUCACUCCUUUGGAGGACAUGCUGAGGCUCAAUGAAGAUUUGAUUAGACAGGUUUUUCUAGAGAUUAAAGGUGUCGAGUUACCAGACCCUUUCCCAAGGCUUACAUAUGCUGAGGCGAUGAGUCGAUAUGGUUCAGACAAGCCAGAUAUUCGUUUUGAUCUUGAGUUGAAAGAUGUAUCGGAUGUUUUCUUGGAGUCCCCCUUCAAGGUUUUUGCAGAUACCCUGGAAAGUGGGGGAAUUAUCAAGGCAUUAUGUGUGCCUUCAGGAGCAAACUCUUAUUCAAACACUGCUCUUAAAAAAGGUGAUAUUUACAAUCAAGCAAUCAAAUCUGGAGCAAAGGGUUUGCCUUUCCUGAAGGUCUCGAAUGAUGGUGGUGUUGAAGGGAUUCCUGCAUUAGCAUCGAGUCUGCAACCAUCGAAAAAAGACCUGUUACUAAAACGAUGCUCUGCUGGGUCGGGUGAUCUUAUCUUGUUUGCAGUGGGUCACCAUGCAUCAGUUAAUAAAACCUUAGACCGGCUGAGGAUAUAUGUAGCACAUGAGUUGGGCCUGGUUGAUCAUUCCAGGCAUUCAAUACUAUGGGUAACUGAUUUCCCGAUGUUUGAGUGGAACAGUUCAGAACAGAGGCUUGAGGCCUUGCAUCAUCCUUUCACUGCUCCAAACCCUGAAGACAUGGAGGAUCUUUCCUCUGCCCGUGCUUUAGCUUAUGACAUGGUUUACAACGGAGUUGAGAUUGGUGGAGGAAGUUUGAGAAUUUAUAAGCGUGCAGUCCAAGAAAAGGUUCUGGAAAUUGUUGGAAUUUCCCGUGAACAGGCUGAAGCAAAGUUCGGCUAUCUCUUGGAGGCUUUGGAUAUGGGUGCUCCGCCACAUGGGGGAAUUGCUUUUGGGUUGGAUAGAUUGGUGAUGCUGUUGGCUGGGGCUAAUUCCAUCAGGGAUGUUAUAGCUUUCCCGAAGACGACGACCGCUCAGUGUGCUCUCACUCGUGCACCCUCUGAGGUGGAUUCGCAACAGCUAAAAGAUCUUUCAUACCAGAACCAGUAGUGUUCCCCAUGAAUUUGCACAUCUCCUCCCAAUUUGGAUGCCCAAUUGUCAUUCUCUUCACAAGUAAAUGAUUGUUUUGGCAUUAGCUUCUGUAUGUUCCAUCCACUAUCGUUUUGGUUCGUGAAAAAUGUUCUGCAUUCAUUUUUCUUUUUGUUUUCCUCACUAGGGCGAUGGCUUUGAAUCCUAGUCAUUGAACAAGACUUACAUGAGAGCUUAUAUUCCUUAGUUCAUAACUCCAUCUUCUGCUAAUUUUGGGUCUCGUAUCUUUCUGCAUUAUUUUUUCUACCUCCUCUGAGAUUCCUCUUUUUGAGUUUGUGCCUUCGAUACAAGUUUGCCUUUAUAUCAGCUCUACCAAUGGGCAAUUCUCGGAAGCAAUGGACUUCAAGGAUAGUGGGAAAAGACAUCUGUAGUCUAAAACCCUUGUUUGAAUCCUCCGUGUUUGCUUCUUAUUUUGAUCAUCCUUUUGUUUCCAAGAGAUGGCAUUUCAUGGUUGAAAUUCAACAGGAAUUUGGUUGUAGAGUUCAACAUAUUCGCUAGAUUUGGAAAAUCUUUGGUUGUACAAAAACAGUUAUACGUAGGUAAAUGAUCACACACACCACUGGAUUUUGUCUUUUGUGUCUGCCUGUUACAAUUGCAUGCAGAUUUAGCGUCUCUCUUAUUGGGAUUGAUAUAAUGUGGUUUCGGAGGAAAUAUGGAUUCCCGAUGUCUCGAACCCUGAAGAGCAAGAACCUCUUAAUAUAGAGGUAUUAGUAUUGCCCCAUCUUUCUUGGUACAGAGGUUUGGCAACCAAACUCAGAAAUUGAAGAAAGCAGAUGAAUCAGUAUUUAUCUUUCUGAUUGAUGUUAUAUUUAUUUGUCAAACUAACCAGAAUGUUGUAAUUUACAAGAACAGAAAUUGAUGCAGAAUUAUUCUUGGGAGAACAAAUUUGUGGAAGACCCUUAAUCUUUGUAUAUAUUGAUAUAAUGACUAAUCCAAGUCCAAUGUUUCUCUUCUUAGGCUCAA